CGUGAUGUGCGCGAGAAAUACGUCACUUUGACUGGAAAUGGAGGCGAACGGAGCGAAGAUCGGGCAACGCUGUGACGGCAACAGCUGAGCAGCCGACAUGGCGCCGUCGAACAAGCUGCCAGCAUGAAAAAGUCGGGAAAAUGGAACGUAUGGAGGAAGAACUCGCUAAAUUUCGCGCACAGCUCAAGGUGAAACAGAAGGCCACCACUGAGAAACAGCCUGAACAGCCUGUCCGCGUGAAUUCGGGGUCUCAGAGCGAAAGCAACGAUACUGACAGCGAUGCCAAGCCAGACGCAUUGACCAAGCUUCGUAAAAGACGCGAACCGAUUCAAACGACCAUGACUCUGACGCCGUCCACCCGCAUAAUGGUUACCGACGAACCAGUAGUUGACGAGGCGGCCUGUGGUCGUUGGACCAAGCUCGACGUGGCGACGCUCGUGGCCAAGUUGACGCUGUGGUGCCUGUUGAUGACGUUGUUCGUGGUGCUGGAAUUCGGCGCCGUGUUUUUCGUGCUCAGUGUGUUCUACGUGAUGUUCACGAACUUCCGCAAGAGGCCUCGGUUGCGCGGAGAGCUGAGCGCCUAUUCCGUGUUCAAUCCGAACGUGGAGGCCAUCGACGGCACGCUGACGGCGCAGGAUUUGGAGCGGCAGUUGACGAUGGGCGUGUUGCCCAUGCACUGACGAACGGUGAUAUGCGGGCAGCAAAACGCGCAGCUCGUUUACAUGAGCGGUGCUUGCCGUGCUUACGCGCGCGACUAGCACGUUAGCGUGCUCACCCAAACUUUCAACUGCAGCAAAAUUUAACAAGUGUUCAUCCAGAAUCUUGUGGCAACAAGCUAAACUGUCUAUUUUCUCUUUUUUUUUUUUUGUAAUAUAUCAAUGCGUGCGUGUGGUUUGUGCUAUGCAGACAGUGCUACUUUGCCAUAUUUUAAAGAUAACAUAAUCUGUGCGUGACUUCUGACGAAAUUAAUGGCGAUUUUGUAACCAGUGCAGUACAAAUGGGAAGGAAAUGCUUUGCGUCCCUGACCCACAGCACCUACUGAAUGCAGUGAGUAAACCCACCUUGUCAUUAGAAUGUGUCAGCAUAGUAGUACUUGCCCAUUUUGUCCAGGAUAAGUCAGAAGUACACGUCAUCUGUGGCAUUGUUAGACCAAAAAAGCAACCUCAGUGAAAUAAGGAAUGGCUUCAUCAAUUAUGGGAGGACAAUGUGCAGCCUGUGAAGAAGGCAGAACUUGCAGAGUGGUUUUUCCCUCCGAGUCGACAGCGCCAUCAUUCUUUCAGUUGAGAAAACUUGCAUCAUGUCCAGCAUCUCUGCACUGUUAUGUACAGUGCGGUCUGCUGUUAAAGGGAACAACCCAGUAAAGUUGAACAUUGAUAUGAAGAACACAGAUGCAGGCAAUUAUUUGCUAUAACAAAGUAAAUAAAAUUCUUGUUACUGAAGGCAGACAUGCAGGCACGAACACAAGCAGAACAAAACUGACAACACGAGUGUUGAGCACCAACUACCAACAAAUGCCAUCUAGUAUCGGGCGAAAUGUUGCUAAGCGACAAAAAAAAGAGGGAAGAUACCAACCUUAUCAGCGUGUGCUCAAGUAAAGGCAGCGGCAACUUAACAAUUUUGGGCAUCUGCGGCCACUUGUGAAAGGUUUGGGCAUGACAAUUCCUCUUUGUGCAACAUAAUCAAGGGAUGACUUAUGCAUAUGCUACCAGUAUUGAUAAUAUGCCACGCCUCAACCAUAAGGCACACUUUCUUAGUUCUUAUGUCUGAACAGAACUAUACCGUCUGCAAAUAUUGAAGUACACUUGCCAUCACAACAGAGUAACAAAAGGUUAGACGAUGUUCCACGGGUCAAUUAACAUUUAUGCUUAAUCCGACCGAUGGCCUAUGUAAAAGCAACCACAGCUAGAAGGAACUUUAUAAACUACACCCAUACAGCAUUAUGUUGUGUUUGUAUGCUUUACAUAACACCUGUCAGGUCUUCUCUUGCAGUUUAACCGGUGUUUAUCUGUGCUGUGACAGAUCUUUUUUUUAACUUGUUUUCAGGCAUAAACACGAUAUUAUUACCAAGGCUGUCAUGUCAAGAUUAAGCUGUAAUCGGUCCCAAAGUACUAAUCUAAUGCUCACUUUAACUGUGAGCCAUACUGUAUUUUUAAUUUCUUCUGGAUGAAACAGGUAAAUACUGCAUCUCAGCAUAAUAGAGGAAUUUUGCACCUCCGAGCAGAACCUGCAGAGUGCAAACGAACUGCAGCAGUUUAACUGAAACAGUCAUCUAUACCUGGCUGCCUUAUAGACUCAGUUGGCAGUAAGCUGUAUGCAAUAAGAUUCCAAAUGCUAGUCAAACAGCUUUCCAACUUUGACUUUAUUUUUGCAUGCAUAGGCAAAUAGUGCCCAGUGAAACAACUGGAUGCAAUGUGAUGCAAAAAAAAAAAGAAAGAAAGAAAGCUGCUCAGCAGCAUGCCAGCCACAGUAUAUUACAGAGAUGUAUGUACAGCCCCAUCAAUCAGUACUAUUUACAAGCCUUUCUAGGAAAGUCACCCUGAAUUGUUAUUGUUGCCUACUGGCAGUUGCUCCAGCGGCAAGGCACCGGAUUUUCAAUUCAUGGCUGUCACAAGCCCGGGGAACUUCUUGCUGCUUCCACUAUAUCCACAAGUGCUCCGUAGCUUGGAACUUUUGAUUUUGGGGUCCCGAGUUCCUCCAUCUGUUCAAAUAAAUAAAACAGCCUUGUCAUCAGCAGUACUAAGAUGUCGCUACUAUAAUACCAGUUCAUUCUUACAUUGGAAAAUAAAUUUUAUAUUAAGUCAAACCUCA